CGCUGCGGGGGGAUCCGGCGCCGGGAGGCUGAGGGCGCUGCGGGGUGACCGACGGCUCCGAACAGCCGAGAGACGCUCGUGCUGUGAGUGACACCGACACGCGCGCUGAUCCGCCGGCGCUCACACUCUCACACUGACUGUCACGUGAGCAUUUGCACGCGCGCACUGUCACGUGACUCUUGCACGCUCGCACCGUUGCACGCUGACUGCCACACGCACACAGCUGAGCCCAUCCCCGCGGGCUGUGUGGGCUGUCACACUCGCAGACCCGUACGGCUGUGCUCACAGACACACCUGUGCCGUUUACACGCCUGCAUUCGCUGCUCACACUUGCACUCCCAGGCUCUCCUGGGCUCUUACACGGCAAGCUGUGUGCUCAGGUCACGCACUGAGGCACUCGGGCUGCCACUCAGUGCCUCUGCACUCACCCACACGGAGGGUUAAAUGCAGUCUCUCCACUGCGAGGACUUUACCUCUCUCAGGGGAUCGUUGCUCUUUUGUCCCAGCAACCGUCGCCUGUUGCUUCUAUGAAUCUGUCUCUCAUGGCCACACGUACCACAGGAUCACCCCCUGUGCAGGGCUGCCUCUUUCUGCUUGGCACUCCCCUGCCUCCUUUUGCACACAUAGUGCAGUGUGCGUGGUUGCCUGUUGCCAGACACACUCAGAUACACAAGCCUGUGUGCUCUGUCACACACACAAGCGAAGGAAACACCUGGUUCCCAAUGAGAAAGCAGCAGGGUGAUCACUACAGGAUAAGAGGGACUACACGGCUGUCUUCUCACCACCUUCACCACGUAUUCAGGCCAAACUGCAGCACCAUUUCAUCCUUUUCAGCCGCUACACCACGCUGGCACCCGCUCUCCAGUGCCUUCGUGCACACAGCACUUCUCGUGCACCCCAACACACACACAGCUGUUUCUCACACACUGUGCACACUGCAGCACAGCCAGCACACCUCGCUGCAGGACGUGGUUGGAGGUCUCCCAUCCCAGUGCUGCCCCGUGUAACUCCAUGGUUGUAUGAGGUUGUCACGGCUCUGCAGCCCCCUACCCCAGCUUGAUGGAGGCUGAUGCACAACAUCCAUCCAUCCACCUGGGGCUGUGCUGCACCCACGUGCUGUUAUUGCUUACCACCACCUUCCCCCCUGUUCCUGCAUAGCGAGUGCUCAGUUUGUCGCUGUAUGUCUCUGCGUGGCUUUUGUCCUUCUGUGGAAGCUCUCUGUUCUCUGAAAUUCAUGCUGUCUCUUGGGUUCCCCUUUGCAGACUGUUGAGCCUGGUUCAUGCAUGCCUGCUGAUUUUGAGUGGCAUCGACCCUCUUAAAUGAGCCUUCUUUUUGAAGCGUAAGGCUGGAGCCGUACAUGGAUGAAAACUUUGUUUCAAGAGCCUUUGCCACCAUGGGAGAGCUUGUACUGAGUGUAAAAAUCAUUCGAAACAGGUUGACAGGAAUUCCUGCAGGCUAUUGCUUUGUAGAAUUUGCAGAUCUGGCUACUGCAGAGAAGUGUUUACAUAAAAUCAAUGGAAAACCUCUUCCUGGUGCUACACCGGCAAAGAGAUUUAAAUUGAAUUAUGCAACGUAUGGAAAACAGCCCGAUAACAGUCCAGAAUAUUCACUUUUUGUGGGAGACCUGACUGCUGACGUGGAUGAUGGCAUGUUGUAUGAGUUUUUUGUUAAAGUUUAUCCAUCAUGUAGAGGUGGAAAAGUUGUUUUGGACCAGGCAGGAGUAUCCAAAGGUUACGGCUUCGUGAAGUUCACAGAUGAACUGGAGCAGAAAAGAGCACUGACAGAGUGCCAGGGAGCCGUGGGGCUGGGCUCCAAACCGAUGCGCUUGAGUGUGGCUAUACCGAAAGUUAACCGCAUGAAGCCAACGGAGUACAGUCAGAUGUACAGCUAUAAUUAUAACCAAUAUUACCAGCAGUACCACAGCUACUAUGCACAGUGGGGCUACGACCAGAACACGGGCAGCUACAGCUACAGCUACCCCCAGUAUGGCUACACGCAGAGCACAAUGCAGACAUAUGAAGAAGUUGGUGAGGAUGCAUUGGAAGAUCCAGCACCUCACUUGGAUGUCCAUGAAGCGAAUAAACAGUUUAUGGAGCAGAGUGAAGAGCUCUAUGAUGCCUUGAUGGACUGCCAUUGGCAGCCUUUGGACACUGUCUCGUCAGAGAUCCCAGCCAUGUUAUAGCCUCGGUGCUGAGGCACUGUCUGUGUGAUGAACCCGCCGGUGUGCUCUGUUACGCUGCAAAUGGAUCCUGCAGGAGUCAGGGGUGGCCCCUUUCCCACUCAGGUCUGUUACUGGAAGUACAGGAGGAGUGUGGUGUUCCCUGUACAACACCAGAGUACCGUGGGAGCAUCGGGAUAACUUCUAUUCGUGCUGGAAGUUAGAACUGCAACGGUUUUAUUCCUUUUGUCUUGAAGUGAACUCUUAAUACUACUUGUAAUUUAUAAACUUGCAAGAGGAUGGCACAGGGGAAAGACUACUCCAACGUACAAUAAAGAAGUUGGUCUUUUAAGUGAAAUUACCCAUUGCUUUUUGGUUCGUGCCCCCCUCUCUGUUUUGCUGCCCGUUUAACUGUCUUUAGUCAGUUGAUCCAACACUUGUCCAUGUGUUGGUUUGGUUUGGUUUUUAAGAGUCACUGUCAAAUACCACUAAAAUGUCUCAGAAGCUUCCUAGUGACUGGGUGAAGUUGCUGUAAGUCGAGUAUGGGAAGGAAUCAUGUGGAUGAAUGCCUAUGUUCUGCUUAAUUUAAGCUGUGAUCUUGAACUAAGCGUGGUGUUCCUAAGCAUUUUGGAGAGCAAAGGCAGGAAAGAGUGGCAGAAAACUACUACAGACUGAUGCCUUCUGCUCGACGGUCUCCAGCAUGUUUGGCUUGCCUCUCCAUCUGUGAGGAAAGAAUUCCCCACCAGCCAAGCAGUUUAAAACACUUCUACCAGCAACCUUGUUUAAAUGUUACUGUAUGUACGAUGCCUUUUUCAUUGUUGAAGGCCCCGAUGGGCCCCUUUAUCAUGUUAAGGUUUCACAGCGUCUUCCACUGUCAGAGUAAACAUGGUGAAACUGAAGAUCUUGCAGCAAAAACGGGUCAGAGCAAUCCAACCAAUGUAUUGUGCAACAAAUUGUUGCUGACUUGGAAAGCAGUUUUCUACUGAAUGUUGUGUAAGCUGGAUGGACAAGCAAUAUAUUUAAGCGAAUAUUAUGUUGCUUUAGAGGUGAAAGCAAAAAUGAUAGCACUUAUGUACAUGUUAUAAGCCCUUUUCAGGCUUUUGUGCCUUAAACUCUUUGAGAAACAGGGAGAGAUAAACUACCUGUAAUAAAUGUCUGUCCAAGAAAUAGUUUGGUGACUGAUUGCUCAUGCACAGCAUUAAGCUGCCUCCCUCCCCAUAUUGAUGCAGAGAUUUGCCACAAAAUUUAAAUACUUUCAUAAAGUCUACUUCUGCUA